AUGGCUUCUGCAGUUGUUAACCCGAACCUGCACACUCCCCCUCCUAAUACCGGCACGGCCAGUCCUGUUCGUGCGACACGAGUUUACCUUCCGGAUGUCGACCACGAGGUGUUCAAGCAUUUCCGCCUCAUAAAGGUGGACGAGGGGAAAUCGCGGCAGUACGAGUGCAAUUACUGCUGCAAUGUUUUUUCUGGUGCCGCCAUCCACUGCGCGCAGCAUUUGACGAGUUGGAAGAAGAUGAAGCGCCGCGAAGUGGCGCUAUGCAAGGAUGCCCCCUCUGAAGUUCGGGCUGCCAUGCGGAAGAAGUACGAGGCUAAGGCUGCAGCGGCGGAUCAGCGCCACCAGGCUACAUCGGAUGCCAUUGCGUCGGUCACUAGCGGCGGAAAGAGGAGUCGCAUAACUGACUACUUGGAGGCAGAUGCGGCAGCUGGGAAGCGCGAUGCUCAUGAGGCGUUGGCGCUCAUGUUCGUGGGGUGUCGCAUCCCGGAGGGCAUCGUGGAGCACCCUCUCUUCAUCAACACCAUCUGUGCGAUUAGGGACGCCGGCACAGGAUACGUCCCCCCUAAGAGAGGGUUCAUCGGCGGGGCAGGCUUGCGACUGUGCUGCGAGAACAUCGACAGGGGGCUGGCUGGAGUGAAGGCGAGUUGGAAUCGGACGGGCGCGACAGUUUCUUCUGAUAUGAUGACCGAUAAGAACGGUCGCCCACAGGCGAACGUUUUUCCCGUCAUCGACAGUGGCGCGGUGUUCAAGGACAGCGUGGACUGCCGCAUGGAGACCAAAACCGGCGGUUAUGUCGCCAGCAUCCUCAGGCCCGUGGUGGAGGAGGUCGGUCCAGAGAAUGUGGUGGCGUUCUGCACGGACGGGCGUCGGCAAGAUGCCGUGGGCCAAGAAGGUGGUGGACCCUGCGGUCGAGAUAAGCUCCUUCGUCCGCAACCACCACUGGACGAGGGGAUACUUGAGGAACCCGAAACUGUGGUGGAGGAGGAUGAGGAGCAGCUGAGCUACUCCGACAAAGUGCACAUCUGCCGCCUGCUGAAGAAUAGGUGGGACGGCAGCCUCGCCUGCCCCAUGCACGUUGCGGGCCGGAUUCUCAACCCGGCGAAUCAGGAUGAGGACAUCUUCGGCUCAGACGCGGAGUGCACAAAGUUAUUCAAAGCGUUCAUCACUCAGCACGCCGAGCACCUCAGCAAUCACGGGAAGGAGGGGGAUGAUGGGAAUGAGAGUGGCGAGGUUUUGAUGGAACUGCAGGACGGGUCCUGCUCCCACCCAUUCCCACUCCUCUCCACUCCUCCCCACUCCUCUCCACUCCUCCCCACUCCUCUCCACUCCUCUCCACCCCCCUCCUCUCCUCCCCACUCCUCCCCACUCCUCCCCAUGCCAGCUUGUAACCUUGCCCUGAGAGGCAGUGACCCCGUGGGGAUGAAGGAGUUCAUCCUGUCCGUGCAGAGCAAGGCGGCUGAUAUAUCUCUACUUCUCCCACCACUCCCACACCCCUCCACUACCUACCUCCCCAUCUCAGCAUGUGGCCUUGCCCUGAGAGCCGAUGACCCUGUGGCAAUGAAGGAGUUCAUUCUGGCCGUGCAGAGCAAGGCGGCUGAUAUACGGAGGCAGGCGCAGGAGGCAUGGAGUGAGGGUGCUGGUGGUUCUGGUGGUGAAAAGGCGCCGGUGUUGAGCAAGCGGGUCGAGUUCAUGCUCGAAACAAUCACUGACAUCAAGAACAACCGAGCGCCUCGCAACGCCAGUCGCAGGGGAGGCAGUGGGACCAUGGGAGGAACAGGGGGGGCAGUCAUGGGGGGAGGGGGGGCGGCUGUAGGGGGUGGGGGAGGGGCUGCGGGGAAGGGGAAGGGGAAGGGGGCGGUGAGCGUGUUUGCAAAGGGAGGGGGGGGAGCAGAGGCGAGUGAUGGCAGCACGGCCGUUUCCCGCCUGCAAAAGUGGCUGCUGAAGCGCCCAGUCGAAAUCGUUCAGCUACGGUCGCUGACGUGGCAGCGCCUGAUUGACCCGCACAAGCACGACCAAUGGUGGCACACCUCCUCCUCCUCUCAACCCCUCAGCUCCCUACCCGCCACAUCAGCAGCACUGGGGGGCAGCAGCGGCAGCGCCAGCCUGGCGGUCCAGCUGGCGGGGAACGCGCUGCUGGACGCUGCUGACGUGGCGGAAGCUGAGAGGCUGAUGCAGCUGGCGGCGGCACAGAGGAUGAACACGGACGCCAGGCGGGCGGUGUUCUGUGUGAUUAUGAGCGCCGAGGAUUAUAUCGAUGCCUUUGAGAAGCUGCUCAGGCUGGGACUACCAGGCAAGCAGGACCGGGAGAUUCUGAGGGUUCUCGUGGAGUGCUGCAUGCAGGAGCGCCAUUUCAAUAAGUACUAUUCCCUCCUAGCCGGGAGGUUGUGUGGGCAUGCUCGGAGUCACAAGUUCAGUCUGCAGUACUGCCUGUGGGACCACUACCAACAACUGCCUGACAUGGACCCCCGCCGCUCUCUCCACCUCGCUCAGUUUGCCGCCCAGAUCGUUGGCACCCACGCGCUCUCCCUCGCAUUGCUCAAGAUGCAUCCCCUAAGCGAGCUAACCCAACCCACCACGCACUGCACUUCGCUCAGUUUGCCGUCUAAAUUGCGCCCCACCCUCUCCUUCCUUCCCUUCCCCUCCCCCGCAUCCACCUGCACUUCCACCUCUUCUUUCAUGCCCUUUCCUCCCCUUCCCCCUCCUUCCUCCUUUCCUCCCCUUUCCUCUCCCAUCGUUCCCUCCCUCUCGGUCCCCCUUCCUCCCCCUUUCGCCUCCUUCUUUCUUACCCUUUCCUCCCGUUCCCCCCACUCCCCCCUCCCGCCCCACUCCUUCUCCCUUCAGCCGGUGGAUUUUGCAGACCCAGCAGCCAUGCACGCGCGCAUAGCAACCCACUUCCGCCUCUUCUUCCUCUUCCUCCUCUCCUCCUUCCCCCCCGCCACCCUCUGGUCCCUCUUCUCCCGCAUCGCCGCCCCAACCAACCUCGGCCCACUACGAGACGGAAUCCUCCUCUUCUUCGCCGCCCACCUCUCACCACAUGCGCCGUCCACGUGCCAACUGCUUCAGUAUAUCAGGAGUGAGGGGGGGAGUGAGGGUGGGGGAGCAGCUGCUGGUGUGGGGAAGGGAGGGAAGGAAGAGAAGGUUCUAGAAGAGAGGUUGAGAUUGGCCAAGAAAGCGAUUGCCAACAUUGCCGGGACUCCUUACAAGUGA